CCAUAAUUGCCAUAACUCGUUGAGAGCUUCAAAGUUGUCCCUCGAGAAAAGCCCAUCAAAAACCAAAUACAAAUAUGAGUGCAGCAGGAGAUCGCCCGAAGCGUCCCCUGUCCGCCUACAUGCUAUGGCUGAACGAGACUCGUGAAUCCAUAAAGAAGGAGAAUCCCGGCAGCAAGGUUACAGACAUCGCCAAGCGCGGUGGUGAGCUCUGGCGCGGACUGAAGGACAAGACGGAAUGGGAGCAGAAGGCCAUCAAAAUGAAGGAGGAGUACAAUCGGGCGGUGAAGGAGUACGAGGCCAAUGGCGGCACUGAUUCCGGUGCGCCCAAGAAGCGAAAGAAGAUGCCCGUCAAGCCCGUCAAGAAGAUCAAGAAGAAGGAGUCCUCUGAGGAGGAUGAGGAGGACGAGAGCGAGUAGGAGGGAUGCGAAACAGCAGCUUUUUGCAUAAGUUUUAAAAUACAUUUUAUUAAUGUAAUUUUUUAAGUGACAUAAAAAAA